GAAAUUACCACUGUUACAACCACGUCAUGUCAAGUCAGCUGUAAUGUGUCAAAACAAGGGUGAAGAAUUAUAAAGUGUAUAAAGUCGAUCAACUCAUAUAUUUUACUAAUUUACCAACGUUUUUCAAUUACGAUUAACCAUUUCAGCUAUUGUAAUUACGGCCAUUUUUUAGUUAGAGUCAGUUGAUAAACAAGAAAAAAUGGUUCACAUUUCUGGAGAUGGCCAGUUGGUCCAAUCCAGACCUUGGAGUCUGACCCGAUUUUUGGGGGAAAUCUAUAAUGUUAUCUCGCUAUAUUUCAGUACUCUGAUCAGUCCGUCUACAAAUCGGCAUGGAAAUAGAUAUUCUCGCGAUUAUAGACCUGGUUCAGGCCCGCUUCCACCAUCACGGCGAAUUGGCAGAAUAAAUAAUACACCGAGUGUCAACGUGCCUGGUGGCUGCCGAAGUUGUCAAGGAUAAAUGAUAAAAUUGAAUUUAAAAAAAAAAAUCUAUUUAAACAAUUAAAAUGUCUCUUAAAAAAAUGGGAGUUUUUAAUUCGAGAAUAAAGUCUCAACUAAUUCUGAUAUUCUGCGUUUAAACAAAAAAUGUAUUAUGAACAUUUAAAUUAUCUAAAUUAUAUGUAAUAAUUUUCGACAAUAUUAUUAUUUUUUGGUUUUUCGCAAUAAAGUAUCGAUUCAGAAAAUAA